UGUACCAGCACCCUACCCCCCGGCGGAGGUCUUUAUAAACCCAGGUCAAACGGCAACUGCCAUUCAGACUCAAGCCGGAGCCUCGAGCACAUCUUGCGAAUCUUUUGUGUGAAGAUACAGAGCGAACAGGUUUUUUUGGGGGGCAAAACAAAGAUCCACUAUAAACAGCAAUGGAAUCCACAAUUCUCGCCACCAAACCGGCGUCCUUAGACGCAAUUCGUCGUUCGUCCUCGAACAAGAUGGGUGUUCAUCGGCGAGCCCACGACAGUCCUGCUGUCCUUUGGAGACCCUGGCUCGUGACCAGCGAGGAUGCGCAAAGCGGGUGUCGUAGGAGCAAAUUAGCAUGUCCCUACUCCAGGUUCACCGCCGCGGGGAGCAGCGGGGCGGAUGGGAAGCCGCAGUCCUUCCAGCAUCCCGUCAGGCUCUUCUGGCCCAAAUCCAAGUCUUACGAUUACCUCUAUAGCGACGGAGAGGCCUUGCUCAGGAACUUCCCAGUUCAGGCCACCAUCAGUUUCUACGACGAGUCCGACAGUGAGGAAGAGGAUGAGGAAGAGUGGGAGGAGGAGGAAAGCGACUCUGAGAGCUGCCCGAAAUCACCGUCACAUUUCACCUGCUGGAACUGAACUCUGGGCCAGCGGUCGGGGUGCGCCUUCUGACACAGCCCCCCCCCCCCCCCCCGAAAGCCAAACACCCACCACCCGGAGUCCCACUGUGGCCUCAGCCAAGCCGGAGCAGCCCAGACUGUCCCCGUAAGACUGGGCCUCAAUCUGGCACGGUUCAUCUCAUGAUCAAACUAUCCCUGUCUCACCCACAGUGUUCUCUGGGAUUGCAAGAAAAAUGCUGAUUGUUUUGUUCAACAUGUAUAAUUUAAACUGGCAGCUUUGACCAUAACACGAAAGUCAGAUUCAUAUUAAUAUACUAAUGUGAAUCUAUAAGCACACUGAGCUGCAAAAAUUACUGCAAAAUGAAAGCACAGCUACCUAGAUGUACAAUUGGAUGGUCUGAGCUGAGCAGAAGUAGAAACUUCUUUGAAUGCACCACUGAGCUUUUCAGUGCUGUGAGCUCAGCUGCAUUUAAAUGUCUUCUGACGGGUGAUGUAAUCCUCUCUGGGAAUUGCAUAACUAUGGAAUCUCACAUUGGGAUGAUUUAUUCUAUUUUCAAAUAAUCUCAGUUUGAGACUUAUGUACAUAAACUCUUCCAACAAGUAUUUUCAUGGAAUUUUAACUUAUAAUGUACAUGUUUAUAAAUAUAUUUAAUAUAUAUGUGUGGUUUUAUACCUUUUUAUACAUUGUUUAAAUGUGUAAUUCACUGAUAUUUAAUUAAAACUAUUUUGGAAAUAUU